UCAUGGACGUAAACUGAACAGAAAGUUACCAUGGUAAAAGUUAGGCAUUUCUUUAAAAUUGCAGCAACAUCAUCAGUUUCCCUUGUAAAUCAAUAACCUUUCCCCCCAGGGUCUGAGGUUUUGCUCAAGUUUACAAGGCAUCGCUCUUUAAACACUAACUACAAUUACACUCUGACAGAAAGAAUGCGCGAGCCAGUUAGCAUUAGCCGGCUAGCAGCGUGCUGACAGCAGCGACAGGAGGCGAACAAAAGAUUUCUCUGAAUUUGUCCGCUUGCUCUGACACUCGGUCCAUGUAGUAGGGGUGAUUAUCAACACAAUGCCCGUGUUACUUUUUCUGAUAGACACGUCAGCCUCCAUGAACCAGCGCUCCCAUCUGGGCACAAGCUAUCUGGACAUAGCGAAGGGCGCAGUUGAGACUUUCCUGAAGCUGAGGAGCAGAGAUCCGGCAAGCAGAGGAGACAGAUACAUGUUAGUGAGUUUCGAGGAAGCACCGGCUGGAAUCAAGGCUGGAUGGAAGGACAGUCAUGCCACUUUUAUGACAGAGCUGAGGAACCUCCAAGCAGCUGGAUUAACAACGUUUGGCCAGUCUUUAAGGACCGCUUUUGAUUUACUCAACCUCAAUAGAUUAGUAACGGGGAUAGACAACUAUGGACAGGGUAGAAACCCCUUUUUCUUGGAGCCUGCUAUAAUUUUGGCCAUAACUGAUGGAAACAAGCUGACUGGCAGUUCAGGGGUCCAAGACGAGUUACAUUUACCACUGACAACACCGUUGCCAGGCAGUGAGUUGACAAAAGAGCCCUUCCGAUGGGACCAGCGACUAUUCUCUUUAGUGCUACGCAUUCCAGGCCACACCUCCCCUGACCCUGAACCAAUGGGUGGAGUUCCACCCGACUCCUCUCCUAUUACGCCCAUGUGUGAAGUCACAGGAGGCCGAUCAUACAGCGUGUUUUCCCAGAGAAUGCUAAACCAGUGCCUGGAGUCUCUGGUUCAGAAGAUCCACAGUGGAGUAGUCAUCAAUUUUGAGAAGACUGGUCCUGACCCUACACCCACUGAAGAUGGUCCAGCUGAGGUGAAGUAUGGACCUCAGCCAUGGCAUAGCUGUCAUAAACUCAUCUAUGUCAGACCAAACCCUAAAACUGGUGUUCCUGUGGGCCAUUGGCCUAUCCCGGAGUCUUUUUGGCCUGAUCAAAACUCACCUACUUUGCCUCCACGUGCAGCUCACCCACAGGUAAAGUUCUCAUGUGUGGAUUCGGAGCCCAUGGUGGUGGAUAAAGUGCCCUUUGACAAGUACGAGUUGGAGCCUUCACCUCUCACACAGUAUAUACUGGAGAGGAAAUCACCACACAACUGCUGGCAGGUUUUUGUAUGUAGCAGUGCUAAAUAUGGAGAGCUUGGGCAGCCGUUUGGCUAUCUGAAGGCCAGCACAGCUCUCAACUGUGUCAACCUUUUUGUUAUGCCCUACAACUAUCCUGUGGUGCUGCCUUUACUUGAUGACUUGAUUACGGUGCAUAAGUUUAAGCCUCCAGCUAAAUGGCGACAAUCUUUUGAAAACUAUCUUAAGGCAAUGCCCCCCUACUACAUCACUGCCUUGCGGAAAGCACUUAGAAUGAUGGGAGCUCCAAACCUGUUAGCUGACAGCAUGGAGUAUGGCCUCAGCUACAGUGUUGUGUCCUACCUCAAAAAGCUCAGUCAGCAGACGAAGGUGGAGGCUGAUAGAGUUUGUGCAUCAGUAGGAAAGAAGGCGGCACUAGAGGGCGGGAUUAAACUUCGCUGCAGAAGCUCCGCCCUCUCUCUGGCUCACCGGAAGGAUUUCACACAGCUACUGCAUAGUAUCAUGGGAGAUGGUCCAGCUCUGCCAUUGGAGGCAAACCCCAAGGAGUUUGCUGGGUUUCAGCUUGCUGCUCUGAAUAAAGCAUUGAAACCACAAGGAUUGCGGAACCCAUAUGAUAUCCCAAGAGCUCAUCUGCUGGACCAGCUGAGCCGCAUGAGGAGGAACCUCCUGCAUGCCAGCAUCUGCAUUCUGAAAGGACAGGAUCAAGAUGAACUUCACAGUGUGCCUAUUGCUCAGAUGGGCAACUAUCAGGACUUCCUGAAGAAUUGCCCAUCCCCUCUGAGAGAGGCAGACCCAGACCAGCCUAAACGUGUGCACACUUUUGGAAACCCCUUCAAACUGGACAAGAAGGCAAUGAUGGUGGAUGAAGCAGAUGAAUUUGUUACUGGCACUCAAGGCAAAGGCAAACGUCCUGGAGAGCCCAGCAGUACUGUAGUGGGAGGGGCUCCGAAACGCAGGCGCUGUAUGUCUCCUCUGCUUCAGCCAGGGCGAGCAUACAUUCCUCCAAAAACACCACCCAGAACUCCAGAAAAUGAUCAUACAGUAUUGAUGAAUGACAUUACUAACCAUCUCGAGUCAAACUACGGCCCAGACAGCGAGCCGAGUCCUGGGCCAGAAUGUGAUCCCCUCCAGCAGAUAAACCACUUUCAGCUGGAUGAAGCAGAGAACCAGCAGGAAGAAGUGCAGGAGAACGGACAGUCCAGUGAGAGUGAGUUGUCUCUGGGCAGUGAGGGUGAAGAGGAGGCCCCUCGACGCUACCCUUCACCCUGCCAGCUGAAGAAGAUCCGAAACAAAGAAAACGAGGAGCUGAACUCUGAACUCCGAGUGCUCAUCACCAAGGAGAUAAGGAAACCUGGGAGACGUUAUGAGAAAAUCUUCUACCUCCUCAAGCAAAUCCAAGGCAGUUUGGAAACACGUCUGAUUUUCUUGCAAAGCAUAAUCAAAGAGGCUGCCAGGUUCAAGAAGAGGGUCUUGAUUGAGCAACUGGAGAACUUCUUGGAGGAGAUUCACUUAAGAGCCAACAGCAUGAAUCAUCUGGAUGGUUUCUGAGCACUCUUAUUUGCCCUACUUGGGACUUGCGCACAGAUCUGCACUAUUUAUGUAAUGUUACUUGGGACUCUUGUGUUUCAAGUCUUUAGCAGUAUUGAAGCUGAUAUUAUUGAUGAGGAAUUUGGGUGUCAUUUCUAAACCUCAGGGCUGGGGGAAAGUGAGAGUUUCUUUUUCUAUCAAACAGACACAACAACGCACUUCUCUUUCUUAGUCCAGUUUUCUUUCUAAUUGUGCCAAAGCUGAAUUGAUUAAUAGCAUCGGAUUCUUCCUUGGCUCAUUUGUUUACUGCAACCCCCCAUUGUCUGCUGUGACAUUAGACUCUUGGCAUUGAUCACCAAUACAAACAUACUUUCCUUUAAUUUCAGUCUGGGAAAGCACCUUUACAAACUCAUCACCACAUUCAGUCUCAGACCAGACAGAUAUAAUAUAGAGACUAAAUCAGCAAUAUUCUACAUGAAUAAAAGGUGAGUUAUCAAGCAGUUCUUUAAUGAUGGAGGAUUAAGUUGCUUGGGGAGUCUAUAAUUGCUUUUAGACAUGCACACACCACACUCCAAAAGUAGUUAAGCUACUAAUCUCUGGAAGGAUGUCAUUUUCAAAAGAUUUCGCAGUUGGCAGCAGAGGGACAUAUUUCUGGCAUUUUGUUUUCGUAAUUCUUAGUGAUUUCUUUCUCCUACAAUAAAAUGAGGUUCUGCUGGUCCUUUUGCCACUUGGAUGUCUGAUGUUCUGUACUGAUGUGUCUUACAGACCUUAAUAUCUGGCGGCGUUGUUCUACACAACUAAAUUAAGGAUUGUUCACUUAUCUGAACUUUGAGUUCUCUUAAUUUAGGUAUCUUUGAAAAACCUUUUCAAUUUUUUUUUUUUAUUUCCUCUAUAGUUACAAAAGGAACGAUAUAUAUUUAUAUAUAGAGACCGAUUUGAUUUAAGAUGUCAAAAUAAGUGGGAAAAGGUCUGUCUUUUCCUCCUGAAAAUGUAAAACAGCAUUAUAUAAACAUCCAGGAUAUAGUCACUUAUAGUUACAUGGAAGGCAGUUGCUGCUAAUGUAUUCCUACAUUACUACCAAAUAUACAGUGUCCCUGCCGCUGCGCCGCCCCUAUCUCUUGUCCUGUCUCAUCCUUUUAACCCUGCACCCUAUUGUAGGGACCAAGUCUUUGCCAUAUGUGUAUCGAUAAAGAUGAAUCAAUGGCUUCUUUAAAAAAAAAAAAUACAAUAUUUUUAAUAUGAUGUGUAUAUAUGUACAUAGUGACAAUGCAAGUAUUAUUUAAGAGAAUGUUUGGUGGAAAGCCUCUUUUUGUAUGUAUUUGAAUAAAGUAUAUUUUAUACUGUGAAUAGUCCUGCAAAUAAAUGAGAAUUUUCUGUGAAUAACUUGAUGUUAUUAAAAGGAUUGCACGUCCUGCCAUCUUUAACCUACAUUUGAUUUGAAGGAAUCUGGUUUUAGAAAGAGAGAAUGGUUCAAGUGUCUCUGAUUUCUUCUUUUCUCAGCACUCAUGUGUUCAGGUGUUGUUUGUUUACUGGCAUAGGACAUAUGUUCAAUUUCAGAGGCCGCCCUGCCAUAUUUUCUUGAUUGUAUGGGGAGUUUGUGGUCUACUGAGGCACUUAUAUGUAACCAGUGUAGCCUAUGAGGAAGAUUAUCUUGCAGAUUUGUCAUUGCAGCACAACACGUCAGACUCAACUUAAAGGUGCACUCGGUAACCUAAAGACAUACAUUUUAAUUUUGCAGUAGAAGUAGGAAAUAAUGAGCACUCCCAUUAAAAUCAAGCUGAUUUAUUCUACAUGGAGAGGGUCAUCACAUGACCAGCUGAAGUUUGCUAAAUCUCAGUAACCGUCCUGUUAUUGGACACUCACUCAUUGAUUAAAGUAACCAUGGCUGACUGAACAAUACAUUUCUACUGUGGCAUCAGAAAAUGACAACUUUAUUUUAAAUGAUGCUGCAUCCAAACUGCUAGGUGUCAUUGUAAGUCCAAGAUGACACAGACAAAAGUUACUGAGUGCACCUUUAAACUUAUUCAAACUUUGUUUUUCUGUUUUGUUUAUUUCAGACACAUAUUGCUAAUUGGCUAUCAAACUUAACUCAAAUCUAACUUCCUUGUGCAGCUGCAUUACUGAUUUAUUUAACCCUUGUGUGCUGUUCGGGAUGUUUUCAGCCACUAGGGGGUGCUGUUGAGUCGUAAUUUGGCCAUAACUUUCUCCGUGUUUCAGCAAAUGGAAUGAUUUUUGGUGACAAAUCUUAUUUUCACACAUAUUUUAGGAAAAUGCUUUGAAAAUUUUCAAAAACUCAACAGUACACUGUGGGCAAAUUCACGACCCUUUUGUUAUGUUCGUGGCUGAAAACAGCCACUACUUUAAACUGCUGUAAAAAUGUAUCAGAUAAAUAUUUUUUUCAAAUUUUUUUUGCAUAAAUCUAUUAAUCAA